UUAACUUUGACCACUUUCAAAUAUUGCGGGCUAUUGGAAAAGGGAGUUUUGGAAAGGUGUGCAUUGUACAGAAGAGAGACACCAAGAAAAUGUAUGCCAUGAAAUACAUGAAUAAACAGAAGUGCAUCGAGAGAGAUGAAGUUCGAAAUGUUUUCAGGGAGCUACAGAUAAUGCAAGGCCUGGAGCACCCCUUCCUAGUCAAUCUAUGGUAA